AUGCCAAGUAAAUUUGGCUUUUUCGAGGUUCGAAUCGGGAAAGAAGGCCCUUAUCGGAUAGAGUUUGAAUUAUUCUCCGAUGUGGUCCCAAAAACAGUGCUCAACUUUAUUGAGUUUUGCCGAGGAACGAAAAUUGAUGGACGGGUCUACUCCUACAAAAACUCGGUCUUCCAUCGAGUAGUCAAGAGUUUCAUGGUUCAGGGAGGUGAUAUGGUAAAUGGCGACGGAACCGGGCGACUGUCGAUCUACGGAAAGACUUUCCCCGAUGAGAAUUUCAAGCUAAAGCACGAUAAACCUUAUCUGCUUUCGAUGGCCAACAGCGGCACUAAUACAAAUGGAUGUCAAUUCUUCGUUACAUGUGUGCCAUGCCCGCAUUUGGAUGAAAAGCACGUUGUUUUCGGCAAGGUGACCAAAGGGCAAAAAAUUGUCGAUCGUAUUGAAUAUGUGGACGUCGAUAACAAAAGCAAGCCACUUGCUGAUAUUAUCAUCAUAAAUUGUGGAGAAAUGAAAUCGCCAAGUGAGAAAUCUUCAAAGGAAAAGGAAAAGCCAAAGAAGAAAUCCGGCAAACGCUCUUCGUCAUCUUCUUCGGAUUCAUCCGAAUCUUCAAGUGAUUCUGAUGAUGGAAAAAAGCGCAAGAGAAAAACAAAGAAACGAAAAGAUUCUUCGAGCAGCAGUGAAUCGUCGAGUUCUUCUGAGUCAUCGUCAUCCGAGGAGGAAAAAGAAGAGGAGGCUAAUCAAGAAAAAGAAAACACGACUGCGGUAAAAAUCUCCGACAUACCUGACAUGCCGGCUGAAAAGAAUUUCCUCUAUCGUCACAGCAAAACACCAGAACGAAAACCGAAAGACGGAGAAGAGAAAGAUGAGAAACGAAAGGAGAAAAAGCGUUUUGGGAAGGACAUAGAUCGGAGAGAUCGGGGUGAUCGUCGCCGAUCUCGAGAACGUAGCCGUUCGCGUGAUCGUCAAGGGAGACAUGAACGAAAUGGAGGACGUCUAUCCGGGCGAAUGGCUUUCCGACGUUCACGUUCUCGAUCUCGCUCUCCAAGACGCGACGUUGAUAGGGGGCAUUCUAGCAGUGGCAAAUCUGGCGAUAAAAAGAUUCGUGGUCGCGGUGUGUCAAUGUUCUACUCAAGUGUUGUGAAAAACGAGGAACCUCACCGUUGGACAAUUGCUACGAAUCGUACUCAAAAGUACAGCGAUUUCAUCAAGAAGAAAGAGGAGGCGGACGAGGAAAAAGCUGAA